AUGACUUCCCCUUCACGUACAUAAAUACAAUAAGCACUUGAUCUUGAAAAAAGAUUUGAAGUUGGUGAUACUCAAUAUGAAGAAAUUGCUUAAUUGGCACUUAUUUAUAGAUAGUUUAUCGAAUAUUAUGAUUUGAAUAACAAUCCAAUGAAAAUAUAUUUUAUAGAAAAGAUGAAACACUUAAUGCAAUCACCAUGUACCAUGCAAUCUUUGAUUGUAUCUGCUCCAAGUACAAGACGUAAUUCACCAACUGGACAAGAAAAUCUGAAACAUUAUUAUUAGAAUUAUUAAUAUGAAACGAUGAAGAAUCAAACAAUCACUCCUAGAGGGAUUAAAUAGUUGCAAAAUGUAUUCAAAAUAUCACUAAUUAAUUAAGGACUUUUUAUAUUAGAAGGAAAAUAUUGAAAAAAUUAUUAAUAAUGAUUAUGCCAAAUAGUUAUAAUCAGUAACGGAAAAAUUAUAAUAAAGAAAACAGAAGAGAGCCCCAGGAAAAAAGUCUCCAAAACGAACAUUCACUAAAAUUUAUCAACCUCCCACUUUAGAUAUGCUUGAUUUGUGA